CCCCGGAGAGUUAGGGCUCCCAGCCUAGCGCGCGGAACGGCUGGGGCCGGGACGCGGAUGCUGGAAGUUCACAUCCCGUCGGUGGGGCCCGAGGCCGAGGGGCCCAGGCAGAGCCCGGAGAAAAGCCACAUGGUGUUCCGAGUGGAGGUGCUGUGCAGCGGGCGCAGACACAUGGUGCCGAGGCGCUACAGCGAGUUCCACGCCCUGCACAAGCGGAUCAAGAAGCUGUACAAAGUGCCCGACUUCCCCUCGAAACGCCUGCCCAACUGGAGGACCAGAGGGUUGGAACAGCGCCGGCAGGGCUUGGAGGCCUACAUCCAGGGCAUCCUGUACCUGAACCAGGAGGUGCCCAAGGAGUUACUGGAAUUCCUGAGACUUCGGCACUUCCCCACAGACCCCAAGGCUAGCAACUGGGGCACCCUGGGGGAGUUCCUGCCUGGCGACAGCAGCUCCCAGCAGCACCAGCGGCCUGUCCUGAGCUUCCAUGUGGAUCCCUAUGUUUGCAACCCCUCCCCAGAGUCGCUGCCCAACGUGGUGGUGAAUGGUGUGCUCCAGGGCCUCUACAGCUUCAGCAUCAGCCCAGAUAAAGCCCAGCCAGAGGCGGCCUGUCACCCUGCUCCUCUGCCACCGAUGCCCUGAUCAGUCCAGAGGCCUUUGGCUGCCUCCUAAGAAAGUCAUGUGCCUCUGUCCUAUGAGCUCCAUAUAAGGCUAGGUCCUCCUUUGGCCUGGACCCAGGACUUAACUACCCAGUGCCCAGUUGUGCCACAUUCCCACUCAAGGCUCAGAACUUGGCUCGCAUUGGUAGCUGGAGGUGGUAGAAUCUGCACGCUCUUAGAGCCCAACAGCCAAGGCAGGGUCAAGAAGAUAAGUAAUAAAGGAAGAAGUCAGCCAGGUUCGGUGGCUCACGCCUGUAAUCCCAGCACUUUGGGAGGCCAGGGUGGGUGGAUCACCUGAGGUCAGGAGUUCAAGACCAGCCUCACCACCAUGGAGAAACCCCGUCUCUACUAAAAAUACAAAAUUAGCCGGGCAUCGUGGUGGUGCAUGCCUGUAAUCCCAGCUACUCAGGAAGCUGAGGCAGGAGAAUCUCUUGAACCCGGGAGGCGGAAGUUGUGGUGAGCCAAGAUCGCGCCACUGCACUCCAGCCUGGGCAACAAGAGUGAAACUCCGUCUCAAAAUAAACAAAUAAAUAAUAAAGGAAGAAGUCAGCUGGGUGCAGAGGCUCAUGCAUGUAAUCCCAACACUUUAGGAGGCCAAGGCAGGAGGAUGCUUGAGUCUGGAAGUUUGAGACCAACCUGCACAACAUAGUGAGACCUGUCUCUAUUAAAAAAAAAAAUCAAUUUAGAGGUAGGCUAUGAAAAAGUACAGAUACAUCCCUUAACAUAGACUGGAGGGUGGUGGCAAGGGGAGCAAAUGUGGAGGCCCAGUAGCUGGCAAAGUUUAGAAGCAGGGGGCAAAAGCUCCUGCCUGACUUUUCCUGGGUAGCUCCUGGGUCAAAGUUUCAGGCAGGAUCCCAGGGAAGGGGCAGGCACCCAUUGCCACAGGAGAGUUGCAGGCAUGUUGGGAUGUAGGCCUAGGGGAGGUGCUGCAGGCUCAAGAACCAGGCCCACACGUUAUAUAUUUAAAAAAAAAAAAAAAAACCCACAUUUUUUUUUUAUUGGUCAGUGUUGGUAGGAGUUUGUUACAAAACUGAGUCCAUGGGCCUGUGGAAUGUGAGGGGAGUGGGUCCGCUCCACCAGAUGCCAGCACCGGGGCCAGUGCAGCUCAGAGCC